ACACGGUAACCAAUUAACUUAGUGAAGUUGCUACAAUCGUAUAUUCAGCGCGGAGAAAGAUGUACGACGAUAAACGUGGCGGACGAGGUGGUGGACGCGGGGGUGGCCGCGGUGGCGGCAGUGGAGGCCGAGGAGGUGGCAGAGGUGGGUCUCGUGGAGGCCGAUCGAGCGACCGUUCGUUGGACAGAGGAAGCCGUUUUGGCAGUAGUGGUGGCGGCCGCGGCCGAGAUGGAGGCGGCAGGGGUGGCGGUCGCGACAGCGGACGGGGUUUUGGUGGUAGCCGGGGAGGUCGGGACGACUUCCGCAGCGGCGGCAGCUUCAAGAACGAUCAGCCCGGUGUCAACUUGCGUAAAAUUCGCUGGGACACCGUCCAACUCACUCCUUUCCGCAAGAAUUUCUACGUCCCCCACGAAAAUGUUACGAGGCGGUCUGCGGCCGAGAUUGAGUCUUACAGAAGUCAGAACCAAAUCACUGUCAAAGGUCGCGAAGUGCCGGCGCCAAGUAUUUACUUUGAGGAGGGAGGGUUCCCUGAUUACGCUAUGAAAGAGAUUCUAAAGCAAGGAUUCCCUCACCCUACUCCUAUCCAAGCUCAGGGCUGGCCUAUUGCUCUGUCUGGAAGGGAUAUGGUAGGGAUAGCACAGACAGGGUCAGGAAAGACUCUGGCAUACAUUUUGCCAGCUAUUGUCCAUAUUAUUAAUCAACCAAGACUGUUACGGGCAGAUGGACCAGUUGUUCUCGUCCUAGCACCUACUAGAGAGCUUGCACAACAAAUUCAACAGACUUUGGUUGCGAUGAAUGGGAUUGCCGCCGAGAUGCUGGACCCAAAUGAGCCGGACUUGCCACACAUUGUGGCAAAUGACUUCGGUCAAAGUGUUCAAGUGCGGAACACUUGCAUCUUUGGAGGAGCACCGAAGGGACCGCAGGGUCGCUGCCUUGAAAGAGGCGUUGAGAUUGUCAUUGCUACACCUGGCAGAUUGAUUGAUUUCUUGGAGAAGGGUACAACUAACUUGAAACGUUGCACAUAUCUGGUGCUGGAUGAGGCCGACAGAAUGCUGGAUAUGGGCUUUGAACCCCAGAUCCGGAAGAUAAUAGAGCAGAUCCGACCUGACAGACAGGUACUCAUGUGGUCAGCAACCUGGCCGAAGGAAGUUCAGAAUUUAGCUGAAGAAUUUCUGGACGAUUACAUUCAGAUCAACAUUGGGUCUCUAUCGCUGUCAGCCAACCACAAUAUCCUUCAGAUUGUGGAUAUUUGCGAGGAAUGGGAGAAAGCUGAUAAGCUUGUCACCUUACUGCAGGAGAUAUCCUCCGAGGAAGAGACCAAGACUAUUGUUUUUGCCGAAACUAAGAGAAAGGUCGACGAAAUAACCAAAGCCAUAAACCGCGCUGGUUGGCGCGCGCUGGCCAUCCACGGCGACAAGAACCAACAGGACCGCGACUACGUGCUGGCGCAGUUCCGCCACACCCCCAACGGCAUCCUCGUGGCCACUGACGUCGCCGCCAGGGGAUUGGAGGCGCAUGCGUGCAGAGAUAAGGGCUAGCCGUGUGUUGCUGACUUCGAUUUAACGAUAGUUAUCAUUAAACAUAGAUUCUAAGGAAUCAUUAAUGAAGUAACGACAGCAUUGUCAGCGCACACUGUUUUGAGCAUGCUGCCUCUAAAAUUGUGGGAGGUGUAAAAUUAGUAGACAGGGCAAUGAUGGUCUUACAAAUUAGGCAAAUUCUUGAUGAAAAUCUAAUUAUAACAGAAAAAUUCUUAAAUAAUUAGUGGACAAAAGCGAGAGAAAGAAAUAAUUUUGUGUUUGUAAUGAAAACGGUAAGCAAGCGAAUGUCAUAAAGGAGAAUUUAUUAGCUACGAUUAGUAUAAAAGUGAAGAAGACGUCACUUUAUGGUUAGGCGUUAGUAAUAUAAAGGGGGAGUAAGACCAUCAAACAAAGAGCAAUACAUGCUUGGUUAGAUGUCAUGCGAGAUUUAGAAGGGCCUGCCCUACGCCACCUGACCGGUACAAGAUUUCUUUGGGGAUGUAAAGUCAGCACACCGCUCUUGGCCUCCAACACUCCGGAUGCACUGAAGGGCAUAAUACAGUUAUUUCCAGCUACCACCGGCCGCAACUAUCGAUGAAGACGUGGAAGACGUGAAGUUUGUCAUCAACUACGAUUAUCCGAACAAUUCUGAGGACUACGUGCACCGCAUUGGACGCACAGGUCGCUCCAGCCAUACCGGAACGGCCUAUACGUUGUUCACUCCUAACAAUUCUGC